CAUGAGCUAUAUUAUAUUCUACUUUGUUUAUAUAAAGCUUAUAAAAUAUAUAUUAUUUUUCGCGUUGGUGUUUGAAAAAUAUUUUUCAUUUAGAAAAAUGGAAACAAGCAAUAGUGAAAGCAGUGAUAAUAAACCAAUAACACCACCGGAACAAACCGAGGAGUUAAAUUCUGAAGAACAAGACGAAGAAGAGGCUCAAGUUUCUCACAGUUCUGUUCCCGAAUAUUCCAAGGACAAGUACCUCAAAGUCUAUGACAACUUCACAACCUGGCGUAAAAAAAAUAACUACAAUGAUGUUUCUGAAAAAAUAUUAGUAAAGUACUUCGCUGAGCUUAAUAAAACUAAAAAACCUUCAACUCUUUGGAGUCAGUACUCGAUGCUGAAGAGCACCCUGAACCAGAAUAACAAUAUUGACAUAGCCAAGUACAAAAAAUUACACGGGUUUUUAAAAAAACUUGGCACUGGAUUCAGAAACCAAAAAGCUAAAGUACUGACCAAAGCAAAUAUUUCAGAUUUUCUUAAUAAAGCACCAGAUUCAAUAUAUUUAGCAGAAAAGGUUAUUAUGAUCUUUGGUAUUGUCGGCGCUUGCAGAAAACCUGAAUUGUGUAAUUUAACAGUCAGAGAUAUUGUUGACAAUGGAACAAAUCUUGUUGUCACAACCCCAUCGACAAUGGGAAUUCAACGAAUGCGAGAGUUCACUAUCGACGGUGACUUUUACACGAUGGUUAAAAUGUAUUUAGAUUUACGGCCAAAAGAUGUUAAAAUAAAUCGAAUAUUUUUAAAUUACCAGAAAGGAAAGUGUACCCAGCAGCCAAUUGGGAUAAAUAAAAUUGGAGGUGUACCCAGAAAAAUAGCAAGAUUUUUAAAACUACCAGAUGCUGAUAAAUAUACAGGACAUUGCUUCCGUCGUACUUCCACUGAAUUGCUUGCUCAUGAUAGCACCAAUAUACUGAGUAUUGCUGGAGGAUGGAAAGCUAAUAAUAAAAAAGGAAACAAUCCUGUACAAAUUUAUACUAAAAUGGAAGCUAGUACUAUUUUAAAAUCAUGUUUACCUGAAACAACUAAACCAGCAGCUAAUCAAACUCAUAUAUUUAUUAGUCAGCUGCCAUUAAAUCAGGGUCAAUUGAUUGCUCAUCAAGGACAGUUGGUUACUAAUCAGGGACAAUUGGUAACUAAUCAAGGGCAUUUAAUUAUUGAUCCAGGACAAUCGGUGACCAAUCAGGGACAAUUGAUAACUAAUCAGUUUCAAGUUAAUCAAGGACAUUUAAUUUAUGAUCAGGGACAAUCAGUAACUAAUCAAGGACAGUUGGUUACUAAUCAGGGACAAUUGGUUACUAAUCAGGGACAAUUAAUAACUAAUCACGGGCAUAUAAUAAUUGAUCCAGGACAAUCGAUGAUUAAUCAAGGACAGUUGAUAACUAAUCAGUUCCAACUAAAUCAAGGACAAUUAACUACCAACCAAUUGCCAGUAAAUCAAGAACAAUUGAUUACUAGCCAAUUGCCAGUAAAUCAGGAACAAUUGAUUACUCAGCAAGGACAGUUGGUUACUAAUCAGGGGCAAUCAGUAACUCAUCAGUUUCAAAUAAAUACUAACCAAUUACCAGUAAAUCAGGGACAAUUGAUUACUCAGCAAGGACAGUUGGUUACUAAUCAGGGACAAUCACUAACUAAUCAAGGGCAAUUAAAUACUAAUCAAUUGCCAGUAAAUCAGGGACAAUUGAUUACUCAGCAAGGACAGUUGGUUACUAAUCAGGGACAAUCACUAACUAAUCAAAGGCAAUUAAAUACUAAUCAAUUGCCAGUAAAUCAAGAACAAUCUAAGACUAAUCAGUCGUCGGAAAAUCAAGGAAAAUUAAACAAUAAUCAACAAGGAAAUCCAGUUCAGUUAAAUAAUCAGCAAGUAAAUCGUGUAAAAUUGAAUACUAAUCAGCAAGGGGAUCGAGUCCAAUCAAAUAGUCAGCAAGUGAAUCGGGUCCAAUUAGUUAAUAAACAGGGAAAUCAGGUCCAAUUAAUUAAUAACCAAGGAAAUCAGGUUAAAAUAAAAGCUAAACCGGCAAUUAAUAAUGAAGCUCCAACAUCAAAAAAAUUAAAUCUUGACGGGUUUAAAUUUGUGGUCGUGGAAAUAGACAGACGGAUAGAAGUAGUCCAGAAAGGUUGGGUACCUCCUGAAGGUGCUGAGUACGUGAAACCUCAUGCAAUAUUUGAUUCUUAUAAAAGUGCUUCUGACUUUGCUGAAACAGUGAAUGUAAAAAAAACUCAAAGACCAGUUACCGAAGUUACCAAAGCCAAUCCAGAAGUCAUUUCUAUUGACGGUGAUAAUUCUUCAAAACGUUUUGCUAUUAAAGUUAAUAAAAAUAUCCAAGGAAAGGUGUUCGAAAUUAAUAAGAAUAUUCCUAGAAGAAUCGUACCGGGGAAUUUUAAAGCAAAUUAUCAAACAGUUGCUUCAAAAGUUAUCAGGAGUCAAUUCAAACUCCCAAAUUCUGGAUCUGGUAUUGUUUCUGGUGGUGGUUCUGGUUCUAGUUCUAGUUCUAGUUCUAGUUCUAGAUCUACUUUUGUUACUGCUUUGGGAGUGAACAAGAAUCCUAAAAGAAUAAUUGGUACUGUGGUGAAUAGAAAUACUCCAGUGAUAUCAGUAGCUGGAGGUAAUAAAAUAACCAAAACAAAAAGAUUCAUUGGAACUUUGGUCAAUAAAAAAGUAAAUAAUAAUUCUUCAGUGAUUGCACCAGCUGGAGUAAAUAAAGAUGUUUCACAGAAUAGUAAUAAUUCUGUACAACCAAAUUCAGAAAAACAAAAUCUCAAUCCAGGAAACGUGAUCAUCGUCGUUGAAAAAGUCGACAACAGUUCGAAUCUAAUAACAGGGGACGUUAAUCCAACUACGGCACAAAUUGAGACUGACGUCAAGGAUCCAACCCUAACAUCCAAUCCUCCGCCUCCACAAGAAACUACUGACAUUCUUGAGCCGACAAUAAAAGAAGACCCGACAAUCAAAGAGGAAUUUAUAAACGAAGAAUUUAUCGAUGAAAACGAACUCAUGGUAGUUGAUCCUCUAGAAAUAUGAAAACACAAAUCUUAAUAUAUUUUUUUAAAUAAUAAUAAUAAUUAUUUAUAACUAAUUUUAUUUUAAUUAUAAACGAGUCUUAAUAAUUUUUUGUAAACACGUUAAGUAUUUUAAUUUAAAAAAAUGGCGCUAUUUUUAAAACUAGAUGGCGUCAUGUUGUAAAUAUUGUAACUAAUUAAGUUAAAUUAAUUAAUUAGUUGGUUAAUAAUAAAAUAAAUAAUUUAUACGUUAUGAAAAUAUACAUAUUUUAUCUUUUUAUUUUAAAAUACUUUUGGCAUCAAUAUUAUAAUUUUUAAAUAGAGGAGAAAAAUUUCAUCAUGUGACGUGUCAAGAAAAAAUAGUGGGGGCUAUAAUAUAUUGUAUUAUAUGUAUAUAUAUUUAAAGGUAUUCCAAAGGCGACAGUCGAGAUUAGAGACAUGCGAUAGUUGUUAAUAUUUUUUUGUUAUUUAUUGUUUAUUUGUGUGAUUGAAGUUUUUUUUUUUUUUGGAAGAUUAAACGCAAUAAAAAAAAAUGGCUCUUAUUAGAAAUUUAGGCCGUUUGAUUACGACCGUAU